UACUGCUGCCAUGGAGCAUGGAUGCUAGGAUGCGCCGAUUUCGCAGGCUGCGUGGAGAGCAUGCGAAGCAUAGCGCACGACUGUGCUGUGCUGUGGCCCGUUCGCGCUGCUAAGGCGCUGCUAAAGGAGCAGCAGAGCAGCAGAGUUUUGCUUGAAUGCAUGUGGUGAAAAUCAGUCAUAACGAGAACGUCGUCGGGUGCUGUGUACGUUUUAGAGCAGAAGCUAGCAAUCAGUGAAGCUAUUCGCGCGCUGUGAAAAAAAAUCAAAUUUACCCACACACACGCACACACAUACACACGCCACAACACAUACACGCGCGUACCGAACGCGCAUACAACAAGCAAACACAUAGCAAUCAAAAGCAACAACAUGAAAUUCCUGUGAAAUAUAUUCAUCGCACUAUAUAUCACGCUAUAUAUCCGUAUAUAUAUAUAUAUCUGUAUAUAUAUAGUAGAAAAAUGUAAAAUAAAUCGGUGGCAAGUGCAGGGAUGUGCGAAAUUCCGUGAAUUUACAUGUGUCGUCGUUGGAAAAUAUGGAAAUAAAUGUUUACAAGUGUGCAACAAAAUCAAAAGGUUGGUGUUUUGUUGGUGUAGUGUUGCCAGAAAAUUGCGAAAAGCUGGCAUAAGCAGCAAAGUAUUAGAGAAAAAUAUAUUAUUGUCAGCGAAAAGGUGCACACGAGUGUGGAAAAUGAAAAGAAAAAAUAAUAAUUACAACAAAAUUUUAAUUACAACAAAAUUUUAAUACCAACACAAAUUUCAUUACAACAACAAUUUGACAUUAGUUGUCUAUGAGAAAUACCGUUAGAAAUUCGCUAUAAAAAUAUUGACAAACAAAGUGCAAGCGCCGAGCAGCAGCAGCAAAGCAGCGGCAGCGCUAGCAAUUACCGUUAUAACUUCAGUUGCAGCUACGCCAAUUGCAAAACAAUUUUUUCGAAUUAAAGGCAGCGAGCACGAAAUCCCACAGAAUCAAAAAAGAACGAGAAAAAAGUAGCAAAUGAAAUCGAACUCACUUACAACUGUGUGUGUAUGCAUGUAUGUGUGAGUGCAAAAAAGCAAAAAAAAAAAAAAUAAACAACAGUGAAAUAACGCAGUUAUAACGGGGGCGUAUUGAUGGAUUAAAAGGUGGCAAGCAAGCCAGCGAAAAGUGUAAGAAGAAGAAGAAGCAGGAAAAUCCCGAAGCGGGAGCGCGGCUGUGGGCCGACGGGGGGGAAUAGCAACAGUAACACAGUAAUAAAAAACAUAAAAGCAACAACAACAAGGCAUUGCUAGAGCAGCCAGCAAAUAGAAAUGCCAAAACAAAAACAAAAAUAAAGAAAACAACAAUAAAAACAAAAGUAAAAAAUAAAAAGCGAGAAGCGAAAUAGUAAAAGAAAAAAUAUUAAAGGGAAAAGAGUAAAAAGUAAAAAAUUCAAAGCGAAAAGCGUAAAAAGGAAGAAGUAAAAACGAACUAGGCGAAUUUGUGGCAAAUGAAACGGGCAAAACCGAGCGGCAGGCAGGCGUGAAAUAUAACGAGAAGAAAAACAGCAGCAGCAGCGCAACUCGCUGGAAAUAUUAGCAACAACAACAAAAACAACAAAUUGAUGGAAAAAACCGAGAAAAAUAAAUAGGAAUUUGAAAAACAACAACAACGCGAACGCGCAACGCCCGCAGCAAGCGUGGCACAGUAAAUUUUUGGUCCUUUGAACAAUUUGAAGCUUUCAAAUAUGCGACCAGCGAAGUGUAAGACACACACACAUAAUAAAUAAUAAACGAAAUAGCGUGUACUAGUGCGAAUAUGGCACUGAAUACAGUUAAUCAAAAUUUUGCGAAAUGUAGUUAGUGCAAAACAGUGAAGCGAAAAUGUUGGCUGACAUGCAAAGUGAUUGAAAAUAUUCAGGCAUUACGAAAAAGCAAUGAAAUUUAUGCAAAAAUGUGCGAGAGCAUAAAUACAUAGUAAAUAUAACGGAAUAUAACGGCAAGGUGCUACACAUAGAAUACAGUGAUGGCCACGAGAACUGCGUGUGACUGCAAUUUAAAUUAGCAACGAUUUAACGGUAUAUUUUAGUGAAAAAUAAAACAAAUAUUUAUUUAGUAAGCGUUAAGUGUGUUAUAGAUAAUAAACUGCAUAGUCAAAGCGUUGUUUUGUGUUUUUGAAUAAUUCAUUUAGCUAUAAAUGGCAAUUAAAAAACUAACGGUAAUCAAAACUAGCGAGAAAGAAAUAAUUCAAUAAAAUAGCAAAAGCGUUCUUAUUGGUGUCUAUUAAGUGUUAAAAUAUUACAGUUAACUUAUUAACGUAUAAUUAUGCAAAUAUUAUGCAAAUAGUCAGUAAAUAUAUAAAUAAAUGUUUAUUUAGAAAUGCAAAAAACAGUCGACAGCGCUGAACCAUUAUAAUGGCAACAGCGAAAGUGAGCGAAAAUAGUGAAAAUAGUUUACAAAAACGUUUAAAUAAGUGUUAGAAAAAAUAUUAUUAUAUAAGUAGUUAAAUAUAGCUGACGCGCAAGUGCAAAAAAUAGUAAAAAAAAAUAAAGUUAAUUAAUAAAAAAUUCAAAUACAAAAAAGGUGCUAAUACAAAGUGUUUAAAAAAUAAUAAUAAUAACAACAAAAAUCUAUAAAUUCAUGAAAUCAAAAAUACGAAAAAUAAGCGUAGUGAUUUUGUGGCUUUGCUUCAAAAAUACACAUUUAAUUUUUUUUCCUACGAACGCCUAUAAUUUGCAUUGAUUAACGAGCGCGGUGCAACGCCGAGCACUCGCGACCAACUUUUGAGUCAGCGCUACCACGUCGUCAAAGGCGCGUCGUUAGUGGACAAGGCGCCAUCAUAUCAGCUAAAAAGUAGCGUCACAAAUUGCCGCGUAGCGACGCUGCGCUCAAUGGGCGACGACGUUGGAACGCAAGCUUGACGCGCAUACACAGUUUUUCAGUUAACACUAGUGCGAUUAAGUAGUUAAAGAGAUUGAUAUUAUUACAUAAUAAAAGCAGCACAUGGUGCUAGCAGAGAAAGCGCUGCGAAGAGCUUUUUAGAGUAAAUUGCAUAAACCCUAAAUGUAGGCAACACAAAGUAACAAAUAACGAAAAUUCAUACUUCAUUUAAGUAUUAAAGAAAAAUACUUACAAAAACACAAGCGUUUACAAUAAUAACAAAAAGGAUUCAAAAAGCAAAUAACUUAAGCGCACAAGCUGGCAAUGGCUGCAACGUAAACGUUUACAGCUGCAGGACACAACGCACAUUGGCAUGUUUUUGGUUGCACCACAAGCGCGCCACAAAUUGCCAAACACAAAACCUAUUAGAAAAAUAAGCAAAGCCAGAAACCGCUGGAGUGUAGACAUUUCGUGUCAAUCAACCGAAGCUUACCACCCAUCCCAACGGCAAGGACGCAGCCUUAACGCACAACCAACACACCAAUUCCACAACUUGAUUGAAGCCUGCGCACACGCGCGCUUAACGCCAACGCUCGCACAACAAUCACAAAUCAACCGCGCGUCAUUGCCGUCACACUACCACGCCAACGCACCAUUUACCAGCGCCUCCGCCCAACCAACAUUAGCUGCAGCGCUCUACCGUUUAAGGUGGCGCGACAGCAAAUUCAACUGUAAAGCAACCGUAACCUAUACCGCGUUACCGCAAACCCAGCGGCGCGCGCCAGCAAACAGCAAUCACAGUCGCGCCGCGCAGAAAAACGCAAGCCAACAUACGCGUUUAAUAGCACUUACUGAACGCGCUGCCAUACGACAAACAUACAUAGAAACGCACAACACUACACUACGCCGCUGGACGUCACUGGACAUACGCGGGGCACAAGACCGUCGACGUCGAGCCGCCUGUGCGUCGCCUGUGCUGAAUAGCCGCUCAUUCUGGCCGCCUCACAUAACAGCGAAAGCGAUAACAACAAUUCUGUUAGCGGCAGUGGCAGCGAUAAGAAGUCCUUCUCGUUGCAUUGCUGUUGCGUGAUAGUCGACAUAACGCCAGUUUCACAGUCCGCGCGUUUGACAUCGGCAACAACGGCCUCGGGAAGGGAUGUAACCGCUGGCGGCAGCGGUGGUGGCGGUGGCGGCGGUGUACUCGGUGAUGGUGUGUCACAGCUAGCGAGUAGUCUUUUCCGUUUUGGGAGCAAAAAACGCGGCGUCUGCAUUUGUGAUGCACAGUGCCGAAUGCAGGCGCUGGAACAGGCACAAUUGGGUCAGCUGGACCCGGCGCUUAAGACACAUCAUGGCUCAUUGGAUCGCCUCUUGCAGCAGCAGGAAAAACAGCUGCAAUUAGCGCCACAACAACAACACCAACAACUACAACAACGACCAAGCGCCUCAGCCGUGCACUCGAUGGGCGGCGUCAUUGAUGGUGGCGGCUCAGGCGCGCUGCUCGGCUCUGCCGAUUCGGAUGGUGACGGCGAUGAUGAGAAGGAGCCUGAGUUGCCGCCACGUCCACCAUCGCGCAUAAAAUCACAAACACACGUGCGUCACAUAAAGGAGGAAUUCGACCGCGGCGUGGAAGUUGAGAAAUUCUAUCACCAAAUCAAUGGCGAUAUUUUUGAGAUCACGCGGCGUGUGCGCGCACGUGAUGAGGACACCAUCGAACAGAAAGUGAUCAAGCGUAAAGGUUCGGUGCGCCUACCACCAGAGCCACCACCACGACAAGCUUCGGCUGCGGCGUCAGCAGCAGCAGGAGCGCUCCCGCAGGUUUAUCGCGCGCAUGGGCACGGUCAUGUGCAUCAGCAUCAUGUGCACCGUCACGGCGCGGAGAGCGGCAAACCGCAGUUGCCACCACGCCGUCAGAAGAGCGCUGAGGAGGUGCCGGUCUCGAAGAGCACAACGCGCGCACCUGAAGAACUGGAAUGGUUUGAUCGUAAAGCGCAACAGAGACAUUCGGCACGUUCGGCUGAAAGUGGUGCGGUGCGCGAAGAGACCAUCGAGUGGUUGGCGCGUCAGAGAGGGCCGGUGCGUACGUCCUCUGGUCCUAGUGAGAUUACCGUAAUGAAGGAUGAGGUGCCCGAUUGGCUCUUAGAGCAUUUGCCACGCAAACGUUCCAUGGCCGAACGGCCAACUGAAUCAAAGACGAGCGCUGCUUCCUAUGCCAAGGCGCUGAAAGAGGAAUUGGCUGAACUGUUGAAGAAGCCACUAUCUAGACAGAGCUCUGCUCAACAUAGCGAGUUUUCGUUGCUCAAAACCGACAUUGUUGAGUGGCUAACGAAAUUGCAGACGUCGUCACGCAGCUCGGCGCGCGAGGAAGCCCCACCGCCGAAAACGCGUCGCGCGCAUCAUCGACGCAAUGGCAGCGGUGAUACGCAACGUUCGCAUUCGCAGGAGGAUGCCACUGUCGCACAACAGGCGGCGCGCAAGCGGCACUCGUUGGGUCACAGUGACCGCAGCGAGGAAGAGAUGCUCGACUGGAUUGCGUAUCCGCUGAAUAGGCUGCAAUCGUUAGGCAAGCCACCGCAACUGCAACCGGUGCCGACGAUGGACCGACGUCAGCCUUUCGUCGAGUUGCAUCACAAGCCAGCAAUACCGCCGCUGCAGUCACAGCUACACCAACAACAGCCUAUAUGUGCAGAACGCGAGCGGCGAUCACAUGAACGUUCGCGCGAACGUAAGCUGCGACAUUCCGCUAGUGAAGUUGUGACUGCGCCCACCACCUCGGCCGCAGCGCAAAGCCAAUUAGAGCGUUUGUAUGCCAAACCGCACAAGGAACGUUAUCAGUAUGUGCCUAAGGAUGCCAAGGAUAUAAUGUUGCCUCCCAAGGAGAGCGCUAUGACCACUGCCGCCACCAGCUCUACUGUACGCGAAUCGAAGCGUGAACGUUCGCGUCGCCAUCAGACACAACGUUCGGCCACCGUUUCGGACAUGUCCGGUCAUCACAACGGCGGCCUUAAACGCAAAUCGUCAUCGGCCGAACGUGCGCCGCGUUCGCCAUCGCCUUGCAAUGAUCCCGCCUGUCGUUUGCUCCCCAUUUGCACUGAUCCCCACUGCCGUUUCCUCGAAUGUCAAACAAUAGAACGCGGCGCCGGCAUGACAGUGACCACAUCGGCGUCAACGAUCAACCUCGCACGUCAUCAACAAGUGGCGCGCGCACAAAUGCACACAGUGCCUGCACACAUAACGUCGGAUGACACACCAACGCCGCCACCACCACCGCCUCCUACGUCACAGCAACAACAACAACAACAGAUGCAACAAUUCCAAUCGGCACCACAGCGACGCCUCGUCAUUUGCCACGAGUGUCGCUCGUGUGCGCCGUUACUCACCUGCCAGAAUCGAAAAUGCUUCAAUGCCGCCAAAUGCAACUCACUGCCCCGCAGCGCAGCGGAUUUUAAUCGACUGCGCACCACACUCGCUCAGCCGCCGACAACGCUCGACGACAUCGAACCGGCGCCGGAGACGCCAUCACCACAAAUGCCCCGUCAUCCCGGCAUGCAAUAUCGCAGCAACUCUCAGCCGAAUACGCUGCAACGUGGUGACUCAGCUGCCGCCUUAUGGCAACAGGACGCCAUGGCCGCGGUGGGGAGCGGUCCUAUGCUGACUACCGGUAUUGCAACGCAUACUAUUUUGUCGAGGUCGCAACCACCGCUGCCGCCUUCAUCGCUACACAUCACGCAUGCGGCCAAUGGUCGCCACUACUAUAACGGUCGCAACGGUAACGGUAUGUCACAUUUAAAUGGCACCAACGGCAAGCUUAUGAAGUCCGCAUCGGCGGCAUCGUUAAAUUCGCGUCGACGUCGUCACAAAACGGUGCAUUUCGGUGAGAAUUUACUACGCGAAGUCUGUCAAAAUCGUAAACUAAUCAAAACUGAACAAGUUCCGUCCGGUUCGGCGCCGAUGAAGGCCAACAUCCAGAUGCUGUACAAUUUCGUCGAGGGUGUGUUGAGCGCGUGGGUGGACGACGACGAGGAACAGGUGCGUUCCGGUGCCGAAUCAGAGCCCGAACAGGGCACAAUGGCAUUGAAACCGAUUUACCGUUGUAAUCGACUGCGCUAUCAGUGCAUCAAACGUAUCGUCGAGGAGGCGGCAGAGCUGCAUGGCACGCUGAAGUUGGGCAAUUCGCGUUAUCGACACAGACAUUGGCGCAGCACCGCCAAGCAAUGCAACGAAAUGUUUCUGCGAAAGAUAUCUGAUGAUGAUCGAAUGAGCUUAACUACAGCCGUAUCUGAUGAAGAUGAUGGCGAAAGUGUCAUGGCGUCACCAUAUAAAGCAAAGGCAACUGGAACUGCUGCUUCCUCAUUCAACUGUACUGGCGCUGUACGCAAAGCCGGUUUCUUAUCGGUGAAAAAAUGGCUACUCCGCAAAAAGCAUCAAAUCGAAUUGGCACGCAAACGAGGCUGGAAAGGCUAUUGGGUUUGCCUCAAAGGCACCACACUACUCUUCUAUCCGUGCGAUUCACGUGAGGGUCGUAGCGUUGAAGCGGCACCAAAGCAUUUAAUUAUUGUUGAUGGUGCGAUUAUGCAACCAAUACCGGAGCAUCCCAAACGUGAUUAUAUAUUCUGUUUGAGUACAGCAUUCGGUGAUGCGUAUCUAUUCCAGGCGCCAUGUCAGGUUGAAUUAGAAAACUGGGUAAACAGUAUUCACAGCGCCUGCGCUGCGGCAUUUGCACGACACCGUGGCAAAACUGGCACUUUACAUUUGCUACAAGAAGAGAUUUUCCGCUUGGAGAAAGCCAUCGAAUCGGAUCACAAGCUGAAGCACAUGGCUGAGCUGCAGCAAUCCGUUGUCACCGACCAGGAUACGCGCCAUCAAAUACAAACACAAAUCCUACAAUGGGAAGAGAAUUUGGAGCGUCUACAUUGCGAACAGUUCCGCUUGCGUUGCUACAUGGCGUCGCUGCAGAGCGGCGAAUUGCCAAAUCCAAAAUCCUUGCUCACACACGUCUCACGGCCAACUAAGAACACUUUGAAUAAAUUGGGCGUCUUCACUGUAUCCUCAUUUCAUGCAUUCAUAUGUGCUCGUUCGCCAUCUUUGCUGAAUAAUUUAUUGGCCGGACGUGGUGCCACCAAACGUCGACCACCGAUGCUCUCGCGCUCGAAUAGCGGUUCCAGUCGACGUUCAAUGCAGAUGAAUUCACGUGACGAACCGGAAAAAACCUUCAAAGUUGCCAUGCCUGAUAAUGCUUACGCCACGGUUUAUCUACGUGACGCCAUGUCGGUGGAGGAAUUUUUGGCCAGCGCCUGUGCUCGUCGCAAUCUCAAUCCGAUGGAGCAUUUCGUACGUGUGAAGAAGCGACGUGACAUGGAGGAUCACAACUACUUUGUGCCACAUCGCAAUGAUUUGAUUGAAAAUUACUUGCAUAAUCACGAAUUCGUCGAGGUCUGCAUGAAGAUACUCUAUCAAGUGGAAUUACAUCGCACCACACUCGAGCAAAUGUGGGGCUUCUCUGUCGAGGCGGAACUGAUCGAGAAUGCCGAACGGCAGGAUGAACUCUGCUGCUAUGUCAGCCGAGUGGAGGACAAGAGUGUUGCCAUGCAGAACGGUAUUAUCAAGGGAGACGAAAUAAUGGUGAUCAACGCUGCAAUUGUAUCCGACUUGGAUAUGAUGUAUUUGGAGAGUGUGCUGCAAGAGGAGCAAUCACUAUGCAUGAUGAUGCGCUCAUCACGCACUGAGCCACCAGAUCUAGUUGGCAUUAUGCGCGUCACUGAUGACAUGAUUGAUUCAUUGGUUUGUCCACCGCCACCAUCGGAUCCGCCCGUAAUGAGCGAGGAGAUGAUAUCCGGUUUAAUCGUGCCGGCGCCAGGUUGGAAUGGCACCGGUAAAGAUUUAUAUUCACCUGAGGCCGAAAGCUCACCGGCACCAUCAUCCGUUGAACCGACACCAGCACAAAUGGUCGCUGCCGCCACCAAGCCGACCUCACGUACGAGCAGUUUCGAAAUUGAGAAUCUUCUCAAGACCGCAGAGCAGGUUACCGGAUUUUGUCGUUCACCUCAGGAAACCCGUAAAUCCAGCCCGACCGGUUCUGUCACAUCGUCAGUCUCGAAUGCCGCACUGACACCGUCACGUCAGCUCACCGAUGCUGAGAAAUUGCGCAAGGUCAUUUUGGAGUUGGUCGACACGGAGCGUACUUAUGUUAAGCACUUAAACAAUCUAUUGGAGCACUAUUUGGAACCGAUGAAACGCGAAACAUUCCUAUCGAAUGCCGAAAUUAAUGCACUCUUUGGUAAUAUUCACGAAAUUGUCACAUUCCAAAGGCAAUUUUUGCAGAAUCUCGAAGAAGCGUUGGAAUUGGAGCCAGACUUUCAUAAGUUCGAGCAUUCUAGUCAGUUCCGGAAUGUGCUCUUUGCGAUCGGUUCGGCUUUCUUGUACUACGUCAACCAUUUCAAGCUAUACUCAUCAUUUUGUGCUAGUCACAGCAAGGCACAGAAGGUUUUGCAUCCAAAUGAAGGUAAUCACGCACUACAGGAAUUCCUUGCCGCACGCAAUCCGAAGCAGCAGCACAGCAGCACAUUGGAAUCGUACUUAAUCAAGCCGAUACAGCGCAUCCUCAAGUACCCACUGCUGUUGCAACAGUUGCGCAAUUUAACCGAUUCGCGAGCCGAUGAACACUUGCACUUGUGCGAGGCACUCAAGGGCAUGGAGAAGGUAGCCGAGCAUAUCAAUGAAAUGCAACGAAUCCACGAGGAAUAUGGUGCUAUAUUCGAUCAUUUAUUCCGACAACAUCAGAAGUCAUGCAAGCAGCCCAUCGAUUUGAGUCCAGGUGAUCUGCUUUAUUAUGGCGGCGUUGAGUGGCUUAAUAUAUCCGAUUUCCUUGGUAAAAUUAAGAAGGGUCUGGAGUUGCACGCCAUGUGCUUCGUUUUUAAAUCAGCGGUUGUGUUCCUUUGCAAAGAACGUUUGCGUCAAAAGAAGAAACUUAUGGGUGUUUCGAGUAAAAACGCACCUAACGAAGUGGAAAUCAUACGCUAUCAAGUGCUCAUACCCGUCACCGAGGUACAGGUGCGCGCCUCUUCCGCCAAAGAUAUGGACUCACACUUCCUAUGGGAAUUGAUACAUUUACGCUCGCAACUACAACGCCGCUCCGAGAAGGUUUACGUACUCUCGAACAGCACGGCCGAUUUUCGUAAUGCAUUCCUCAAGACUAUACGACAAAUCAUACGCGAAAGUGUACGCAACAUGUCCAUACCGAUGAAGGGUUUCGGCAGUAGCGGUUCGGUAUCGGGCAUCUCAUCGCAGGGUGGCGGUUCGGGCAGUUCGCAAACGCUCGAGCGACCAAAGCAACAGAUAACAAUCAUACAAGGCUCGCAGACAUUGGGUAAGCCCAAGAAGAAGUCCGGUUCGCAGCGUCAUUCGGCCGGCAAUAUCGACUAUGAUAAUCUAUCGGGCAGCCAAGAGGCCGACGAUGUGCCCAUGCUGCAUCAUCAGCAUCAGCAACAACAACUACAACCGAGUGGUUUCCGUGGACGCAGCAAGACUGUGGGCGAUGCUACAGAAUUAAUGUCCUCCUCCAUAGACCCACAGCAGCAGCAGCAGCAACAACAUCAAAAGCAUAUGCAACACCAUCAACAACAACAGAUGCAUCAUCAUCAUCAGCAAAUGCAUCAAAGCGAUAUUGAACGCAUGGAUCCGGGCACUAAAUCCGAAGGCGAAGAGGACUCCCAGCAGGGCACAAUCAAAGCGAAAGCUACGCUGGGUCGUACACCCAAUCACUUGACAUUGAGCACCACAUCAACCCUCUCGGUUGGCAGCACUGGUAGUCAAGCGCGUUUGAUACAAUCAUCUCAUCCGCCAUCGAGCUAUCAGCCAGUUCUCAUGAAAGAUUUAGGUAAGACUAACUCAAUAACAAACGAACUAUCGUCUUCCCCUCAAUUGCAAGCUGCAUCCGUAGCAGCAGCUUUUAAUUUAAGUUUAGGUAGUAGUAGUAGUAGUAUUGUUAGUGAUGCCAGCACUGGCAGUGGUAACGGUAAUAAUCAUAAUUUACAUUGUGUGGCAACGCCAAAACGCUUGUCACCACGACAAUCGCCCAAAGCAGAUAUCGAAGUAAUUGAGAUUUUCGCCAAUGAGCUAAGUCAGCUGACCGCCGCUCAGCAAGUAUCGGUUGUGCAUCAUUCAGCAAAAGAGUCUUCCAAAAAAUCGUCAAGUAGUCGUCAAGCCAGUGUCAGCAGCAGUGGCAGCGGUAGUAGUAGUAACGGUGCUAGCGCUGCUUCGCACACACAUGUUGUCGACAAGCAUUUGAGUGAUCUCGAGCAUGAGCAGCUCAGCGACACCACAUACGACAUUGCCGCCUAUAUGGCUAACCUAAAAGAGCAGGCGCUCGAAUCGCAGGAUCUGCAAAUGGACGCGCAAGAUCAACAACAAAAUGAUUCGAGCUUGUCGCCGGAACCGCAAACAGUCGUGGAAAAUACACAACAAACUGUAGUGGCCGAAAUAGAGUCACCACCACGACCAGCUACAGAAUCCGAUAGUACUGGCACCACGACGGGCACUUCGGAAAAAUCCGAAGAUGAAUCGGAAGAUGCCAGAACGUUGGCCAAACAUCAUGUGAUCAUCGACAAGAAGGUCGAUAAAGUUUUCAAAUCGAAGUCUUCAGAGAAAGCACAAAAAUCGAGUAGCGGCAGUAGCAGUAGCAUUGCCAGCACUGGCGCAAAACCAAAGACCACAAAAUCGCCACGUCAAAGCAUAUACAUUUCACCCGACCGCUCCAAGUCACAAGGUAGUUCACCGGUACGCAUAAUUAAGAUAAAGUCACCACGCACUAGUGUCAGUGAUCAGGGUAAACGUCUCAGCGUUAGCUCAAGUCGCGACUCCUCAGCCGAUCGUUUGUCCAGCGGACGCCGCACACCCAGUCCACGUCGCAGCUCCGAAGGUAGUGGUAUACUGAAAAGACCUGCCAGUCCCGCUGGCGGCAUAUUGAAACCACCACCCAGCCCCAGUAAAUCGAAAAGUCCCGACCGCAGCUGCCUCAAGAAGCUGACACCCUCACAUGACUGUAGUGUCGAAUCGCUUUCGCCGCAUAUAUCACCGCGCGACAGCAUCGAACACCUGUCGCCCGAUCGCGCCGGUACCAGUCUGUGUCAGCGUCAUUCGCCGCGCAGCAGCUUCGACAGCCGCAGCUCCGAACCGAAUCUCGAUAUACCACGUUCAUCGCUCAAAUCGCCACGCGGCAGUUUCGAAUCGCGUUCACCGGAACGCAGCAGCCGCAAACGCAGUCAAUCGGCGCACGGCAGCUUUGAGACGGGACAACGCGCCGCUGCGCUGGCCGCCCAAGAAGCCUACUACCAAUAUUAUCCCAUUUAUGAUAAUCAAACAUGUAGCGAUCAUUAUAUAUCAGCCGCUACAACAACGCAUAUGCCACGCGAUAUCGGCACCAACACAAGCACGCGUCGUCUAAGUAAAUCUUUGGAGCGUUCCACGUCACGCGAAAGCACUACAAGCAGCUCCUACCGUUAUGGCGUAUCACCCGAACGUAUUUACACAAUAAACACCAUGGGCGCCAGCGCAGGACCACUGCGUUCGCAAUCAGCUGAAAAUGCAUUUGCACACUACGCUUACGAUCCACAUACGGGUCAGCACUAUCAAAUGCCGCCGCCACAGGAAACCAUUGCAACAGCAGCACCGCCAGCUGCCUUCAUGUACGCGCACGAACCGCAAUGUCCACACGAACACAUGUCGUCGGCCUAUCAGCUGAGCUCUUCGGCACCCGAGUACACAACAUGCAUUGACUGUUUGUAUCAGAAGCGUCCCUCCUAGCAUAAGGCCCGCGUACGGCAGAGUCGUACGCGGAAGAAGACACCACGUGGCGUCGUACAACCACCGAUGGCCACAGCGUCGGGCAUGAUUUGUGCGGCUAGCUUUGAUCCCGACGCUGCGGUGGCGGCGGGCGCCAGCGAGGCGAGCGGCUGUGUGGACUGUCAUGACUACUAUGAAAUACAUGUUUAAGCGGGGAACGCGUAGUCGUAAACAUAAUCAAAACUGAAAACCAAAAAAAUCUCCCUCUAAUUACAACAUACCUUAUAUUAAACUACCCGAAAAUCCCGUUAGCCGGUAUAACAGAAGCAAAAAAACGUACGCAAAGUAAACUCGUUGCCAUCCAAAAAUCCUCAACUGACAAUUUACAUGGACCAUAUAUACACACAUAUAUAUUUGUAUAUGUGUAUGCAAAAACGCUAUUGUUGUUUGACACAGGGAUUUUUGAAACAAAAACAAAAACAAAAGCAACAACAAUUUAUAUAAAUGUAUAUGCACAUUUUCGUAUUUCGUGAAUGUCCUUCAGAGUUUAGACAUAAGGAUUAGCUUGUAGGUUGCAAGGAGUCUUAGUUAUGUACACACAUACAUAUGUGCAUAUGUAUGUAGUCUCUGUUUAAUUUUUCACAUGAAUUUCCAUCACUAAUACAUACAUAGAUACAUACGUAUGUAUAUCUUGUAUACCGAAAUCGGAUUUAAUUUUUUACAAAUUUGUUUACUUUGAGGUAAAAUCAAAAAUAUAAAGGCAUCGAAGUGCUGAGAAUUUUUGUUGUUGCUAUACUGCUGCAAGAAUAUGAAUAUAUACAUGUAUACACAUAUAUAUAUAUGUAUAUCUGUUUUUUGUCAAUACGUAAUUAGUUUGUAUGUGUAGAUAUAUUUAACGGUUAAGUAACCGAAAUUACAUAUACAAAAUUCAAGCGAAAAUCUGUAUAUUGACCGUAGAACAGUUAGGCAUUACAAUAACAAAAAAUUAUAUUGUAAAUAACGGUACAUUAUAACACUGUAAAGGGACGAGGGCGUAAAUUUAGUAGUAACUCAAUAAAAAUAACAACAAAAAACUCGUGCAGAUGUUGUUGUUUUAACGCGUAAAAAAUUGUCCUAUAGAACUUUGGUUCACAGAAGUCGAUCUCAUGUGUCUUCCACUAUAAGUGUUUAAAUUUUGAGGUUAGAACUCUUUUCUUUAUUACAAAGUUAUACCGUAUUUUAUUUGGAUAUUCUCAAAAAUAUAAUACGAGUGAACAUUUUUUUUUAUUUUUUUAUUUUUCAAAUUAUUGCAAGCCUGUUCUAAACAAAAGUCAGUAACCACACCACCCUUGGUAACCAAAGAACUCAGUCUAUGCAUCAUUCACACUGGCAAAAUAAGCUUAAGCAAUAAGAACUAAGCAAUUGUGGGUACCAGACGAUCUUGCUAGACAAAGCAGCCUAGAAGAUAUUAGUAUAUCCCUAUAUAUAUAUCUCUAUUCCGGAGUAUCCUGAAGUUAUACUUAAAUAAAAAUUACAAUACUUCGAAAAAAUUUUGUAUAUCCCAAUAUAAAGGUCUUAACAGUUAGAAACGCCCCUAUUCCGUAGGAUCCUAUAGUUGUACCUAAUAAAAUUGAGUAUAUCCGAAAAUAAAGCUCUCUUAUAACACAGAAAAAAAAUAAUGAGGCAGCUAAGAUUCUAUCAAAUGCUUAGCCGACAUUCACCACGAAAACGUUUCACAAAGCUAUCGAAAAUAUAUUGUCGUUAUGUUAUUGUCCUACCAGCUGCAUUUCUCGAAUUACAGCUAUACAAGCCUAUAAAGCUUUAAAUCUCAGGACACUUUUUUUUCUUAAUUCUGUUUAUACGUAUCAUACUCGUAGCGGUUCGUUGUCUGGGCUCAUUGUAUGAAAGAAGGCGACGAAGGCGAAUCAGAGCUACAGAUUCAAACUGCAGCUGAGACUGUUUAAUACAUUAUUCUUACCAAAAAAUCAUUCUAUGAUUAUCCUAACCUCACCUGGAGUUUUUUUUUGUAUAUUGUAAAAGUAUUAUUGAUUAUUUGAGACAAUUUCGGUUCGGAGUUCCUGGAGGAAAUAGCCGAUAAUAUACGAAGAAUUUAUAUGGCUACGAAGUUCCCAACCUUUUUAAAGAAAAAUCAAAGAAACUUCCAAUUUACAUAAUUGGGAAUGUUUAUAAGCAUUCAAAAGAACAAUCUUGGACAUUUACUUUUUGAAGAUUAUCUCAUUCAAAUAUUGGCCGCGGCUACGACCAGAUGGUCCAUCCGUUAAGUCCAAUUUUUGCUGACUCAUUCCAGCAUUUCAACUAAUAACUGACGAAUGACGCUCGUUAUAUUUUGCUCCAAGGCCUCAAUCGAAGCGGGAUUGUCCGUAUAGACAUUAGGCUUUACAUAUCCUUACAGAAAAAAGUCUAACGGUGUGAUAUCACAUGAUUAUAUCGCGUUAUGAUGAUGAUGAACGCGAAAUUAUCUGCUCACCGAAGUGUUCGCUCAAUAAAUCCAUUGAUUGAUGAGAUGUGUGGAAAGUGGCGUCGUCUUGUUGAAACCAAAUGUCGCCGAGAUCACGUGCUUCAAUUUCAAGCAUCAAAUAGUUGGUUGCCGGCAUCAGUUUUGAACAAAUAUGGACCGAUGAUUCCAUCGGCAGACAAAUCACACCAAACCGAUUUUUUUCUGUACGAAAUGGCAGCUCUUGAAUCUGGCGUUGGACAUUCCAUACAUUUAUAAUUCAAUUAUUUUAACAUAAAUUGUUCGCGAAAGGAAAUUAGUCGAAAACAAGUUAUUGGAAUUUCGAUAUAAGAAAAUGAGAAAAUCUAUUUAAAACUUAUGUCUAUGCUAACUUGUUUCCUUGAGUCGUAGCCAGCUUAAAGCCCAACAAAAGAUUUCUAAUACUCGUACAACACAGAGCCCAGUUGUUCCUCGUUACCAUGAAGUUACAUGGUACCUACAAUGAGAGUGGUGUGGACUGAGAAGCAUAAAUAAGUGAUUAGAAUGGACCCACUUUUGAUAAUUUUUAUAUACUAAAAAUUAGUAAUGAGUAUUCUUGAAGAACAGCCCAUAUUAAAAAUGAGGUCUAUAUAAAUUGAUCGACUCUCUAGCCUAUUUUCAUAUAAAUUGAGUUUACAAUUUUGGGCUUUUAAUUGAAACAAAAUCGAAAACACAGGAUAAAAGUAUAGAAUCAUAAGGAAGAAAUUCAGGUUAUUUUACAUAACUAUACCUUAUUUGAUAUGAAUUUUAACUGCAUAAUGCAUGACGAUAGGCAUUAAAUUUUUUUGACCUACGAGUAUGUAUAUAUAAUUAAGUAUAAGAAGAUUAAAAAAUGAUAGAGUUAAAUAUUAAAUAGAAGAGGUAAGAAAGUAUUAAGAAACGCGAAAUAAAUAAUGAUAACUGUAUAUACCGAGUUGCUAGCAUAUACUUAAAAAAACCGAUUCGUGUAUGAUAAGGAAAAUCAUGAGAACCCAAAGAAACUUUGAUGUUAACAAACCUGUCCUUGCAGUUUUAAAGUAAAACUAGUGUCUAUAAAUAAAUUUACUCAAAACGUUUACUCAUAAAAAAGUGUACAACAAUCAGGAAUUUCCAGAGACGUAAGGCAACUAUGAAAAAAGGGAUUGAUUUUUAGUUAAUCGAACAGAAAUUAUACUAUACAUAUGUACAUAUACAAAUUUAUGCGACAAUUAUGUAGGUUGAAAAAAAAAACAUUCUUGAAAACACGAAUAACAGUAAAAUUCAACAAAAUAAAAAAUCAAGGAUAUUGAAUAUUUAAAUAUUAGCAGAAGAAUAAUAAAUGGUGUAAAAAUAAUAAUAAAGGAGUUAAAAAAAAUAGCUGACAGAAGAACUUGAAUAAAGAAAGAAUAUACGAAAAUCAAUACCUAAGAUCUCAUGAUGGACCAAAGGUCAAAACAAACUAAUGGAAAUGGCAUAUGGCAUAACUGUUUUAACGAAGAUGUCAACAAUUAUUGAAAAGGAUUUGACAUUUGAAAGUAAAACCUCGCGCGACAAAUCUACUUACAUAUAUUAACACUAAACGACUACAGUCAGUCAAAAAACUAUAGCAACAAGAUAGAGAGAGACACACAGAACUAUAUAAACACACAAGGAAACUUAAAAGUUGUGGAAACGAAUACAAGGACAUACUCGCAAAUUAAGGACACUAAAAAGAGAAGAAGAAGAAAAAAGACAACAAUAACAACAAAACACUAUACCCAAAUUGUGCAAAGAAGUAGCACAGAAGCCAUAAAUAUGUAUGGAAAACA